AUGCCCGGCUUCAAGGCGCUCAAUAUCGAAUCGGACGAUGAGUCGGACAUCGAGAUCGACGACACGAAAGAAUUGCAGAUAGAGGACGCGCUCAAGCUCUACCAAGCAGCACUCAAAUACCAUGCCGAAGGUCCCGCGUCUUACGAACUGGCUGCGGAGGCCUACCAGGAGCUUUUCCAGUCCGACAUCUUCACCUACCCGGAAUCUCAAACGGAGCUUCGUCGCAUCGAGCUCUACGGUCCACUCAUCGAGACGGACGAUCUAUGGCAAGACGAUUUCUCCUUGGGUGUCGGAGUGCCAAAUGGAGGGUUCGAUGCAGGUCCCAGUUCGCUGCCACAGAUUCUGCACCUGAGUCACAAGAACUACGCUCAGUUCAAGCUGGAGUAUCUGACAUCACGUUUGGAGGUCCUGAACGUAACACUCAAUCAAAUAUUGAGUGAUGCGACAGCCGCACUGGAUCACUUCACACAAGCGCUGGACAAGGAUGACAGCGACACUGGCUUGUGGCGUCAGGCUGCUAGUGUGGGAGAAGUGCUGGACAGCGAGCGCGUUGCGCGUUACUGCUUGGAAGCUGUGCUUGAUGGCGACGAUGAUGCUUUGGGAAGCAUUCUUUCUCUACCAGGACUGGACGAAGGUCUAGCAGGCGAGCAGUUGCGUCGCGUUACUGGUCAGCUCGAGGACGAGUUGUCAAUUCUCCAAAAUACGCAAUUGCGUAGCAAGCGUGGUGUCAUCUCGGAAACGCUCAAGAAGCGGCUGGAUCCUUAUCAAAGUGUCGCAAACCGCAAACGGCUGCUGAAGUACCACGACUCUCCAGAGCCUCUUCAGCCUUCCCGUGUCACGCUCCAGAAACCCAGCACCUGGGCAGAAGUGGGUGAGAUUCUGUUGCGGCAGCUCAUGGCAGAGCGGCAUGGGACGAGUACUGCGAGUCCCGCAGUCGCGAUAAGCUUUGACCAAAACAAGUCCUUGAGCAUACUGCCUCCGCGAGAGGAAUCCCCAUUGCAAGUAAUGUUUGAAGGACAGCGUGGCUCACCUGCAGGAAGCCCUUUGCGUAGUACGAUCAACGAGCAGUUUCCAGGUCUUGACAGCGGUCAACCCACGGCGCAACCACAGAUAGCAUCUGCAAAUGCGACCGAGGAUGCGAACGAUGCUCAGGCUACUGCCACUGACGUGACGAUGGUCGACGGCCCCAGUGUCUCUCUGCCAACACGUAAGCGCUCCGGAGAUGCCGCAGGUCUGACCGAUGGGGCAGACGAAGGCAGGACGAAGAGCAAGCGGACCAGAUUGCGGGAGUCCACAGCUGUCGACGACAGCCGGCAAACGAUGGUUGAUGCCAACACGCUUUGGGAGUAUGAACAACAGAUUAACGAGAUUCAGGCGGCCGACGACUGGAUGUUCGAGACGGUUGGAAACCUGUUCGAGCGGAUUGGCGUUGUGGGCUUGGAGGCCGGCAGACAAGUAAGACAGGAGCUUCAGAGCCUAGACGAAGGCGACGCCCCAACAACAAACGGUUCCGUCGCUCAGGUUGAGGGCUUGGAGCUUGCGAAAUCCGACCUGCACGCCUUUCUGAAAGAAUACUCGGACAACUUGGCAAACAACUUCCUCAUCAGCGACAAUGAUCUUGAUAUUGGUCAGGGAGCAAGUACUUCAGGUAUUGGAGGCCCGAUGUCAAACACCGCAGCAUCUCGACAGGGCAUCGAGAAGCCGACACUGUCCAAUACUGGACUUGCAAGCUUUCUUGAAGAAGUCGAUUAUGGCUGGUUCCUGACACAAGAAGUUGCCUGGAAGUGGAUGUGCCUGUUGCUACGUCCUGAUAGCUCUGGACGUGCGAGCACCUACUGCGGCGCAUCAUGGCCGGAAGACUUGAAGACGAUGGUGGUGCGGACGCUGGUCAACUUUGAUGAGAGCUUUUGGGGAGAGGCGAAGGCAGAACUGAACGCUGCCCAACAUUCGAACGUCGCAUCCAAGGACGGCGCUUUUCCCGAGAUGGUGCAAGCUACCUUCGAGCUCCAUUUGGACAUCUACUGUCUUAUCAAGGAGCCAAACAGUGGCGUGGAUGCAGAAACUAUAGAUGCUCAGCGCGAUCGCCUGCAGCGCUGGUCGGAGCUGAUGCGAGAAGCAAUGCACUUCGGUUCGCUCUUUGGACAUAUCGAAAGCCGUCUGGACGAUACUCUAAACAUUCGCUUCCUCUGGGCAACAACCUUCUGUCUUGCCGCUUCGUCCGAUGCUAGCCAAGACCAUGUCAUUGAAUGCAUGAACGAUCUGCGCGCAACAUUGGCUGAGCUGGACGAAUGCUCCAUUCACCUACAGAACAAUGCUGUCAUGCCAGAGAUCUCCGUAUCCGCGCUUGAUCGAGAGAUCUCAAGACUCACGACCAAAGACUUCUUUCUUCGUGUGACAACUCAAGACCGAAGGGACCCGGCCGCUAUCAUCAACGAUCUCGAGCCUCUGCUUGUUGCGCUGGACCGUGCGAGUAACACACCGCGGGGAGCAAGUGACACCAACGACGAGCAGACACCGGACCUUACUGUUUCGCCUGACCUCGUCCGCUUCCUGCAGAGCAGUGACAUUUCCGUCCAAAUGCUGUUGUGGCAUCGCCUUCGAGAUGCCUAUAUUGACUACCCUUCAAGUGGCAUGGUCGUCCGUUGUCAUUUCGACAUGAUCAGGCUGCUCCUUACGGAGCUGAAAUCGAAAGUGACGGCUUCCACGGCACAGCGGGAUCGUCAACUCCAGACACUGAAGACACUGAGGCUGGUGCAAGACUUGAUCUCCAGAACAUGGGACAUUGUUCGCAAGGACGAUUCCCCGCUCUUCUUCAUCGACGAGUUCGCUCUGCCCAAGGCAGUCAGCACUCUUGGGGAGGUUCUGCAGCUGCUCCAGGUCUUCAUUGUCGCGAGUGACUCGAUCCGCAUUGGGCAGAGUCAGCCGCCGGUUCUUGCAAAUGGCUCCGAAACUGCCACAUUUGCGAAGAUGAAUGCGAAAGUACAAGAGAUGCAGGUGCAGAUCUGGCUCAUUCUGUACUCACUAUUGCAAGAGGCGAUUGAUCAGAACGCCGACCUUUUCAAACGACUCGACGACAAGUUCGACUUCUUGCGAACUGUCCAUCGCAACCUGGGUCUACGCGGCACAUGUGGCAUCAUGAACAAACUCUUCGUUCGCACCUUGAAGGACGAGUUCGUUCACAUGACAAGUAUUGAGGGCUACGACAGCGAACAAGCCCAGGUGCUCUACGACCUCUAUGGCCUGAACUGCUUCCUGAACCCGAGUUACGAGCUCAUAGAACACCACUGCCAACACGACGCCUUUAUCGACAGAGGAAUCGCGGUCCAGGCGGUAGAUCUAUUGAUACAGCAAGCAUCAAAGUUGCCUACGAAGGAACUCAUCAAGCACCCCAUCAAGGACACGAUUGAAAAAGUCCACGCAGUAGCUCCACGAAAGAAACCCUCUGACGCAAUACAACGCAAUCGCGAGGUUUAUCGGCGAUUCCUGCGGUCUCCAAUUCAUCCUCUCGACCUGUUCAAUUGUUUGAAAGGGGAGGGCAACUACCUGACCGUGAACUACGUUCCCAGAGAAGAUGCCGUGCUUGCAGCAAAGGGCUGGUACUUUCUCAUGGGGCACCUGGCCCUGGCGAAGUUCCGAGCUCCGAAACGCAAUGGGCCGACUCCGACUGAAGAUGUCGACAUCGCCAUUGCAUUCUUUCUGCAAGACCUGGAGUACAGCAUGGACAACUGGGAGACCUGGUUUCGGCUUGCGCAGGCCUAUGAUACUAAGGUAGAAGAAAGCGUAUGGACUGCGGACAAAUCGAAUAACCACAUGCCCGAGAUUGUACAACUGCAACGGGCUACAAUCCAUUGCUUCACCAUGGCCACUGCGCUGGCAUAUCGAUCGGCAAACCUCGAGGAUGAGACGAUUGCAGAGAAGAUAGUCGAGAUGUUCACUGAGUUCGCAACAAGACUUUACGCAUCCUCUCGUGAGCCAUUCAGCAUGCAGGCGUUCGCGCUGGAAGGCGAGGAGAAGUUCUUCAGUCUGCUCAAUGAUUCAGGGGUCAGCAAAGGAAAACCAUUCCAGCCGCUGCGAGUCUACACCGCCUGGAAACUCGCCAAAGUACUUUACCAGCGGGCUUUGACCGGCAAGCCACAGUCGUGGACACUGCACUUUAUGCUUGGCAAGUGUCUGUGGAAGAUGCACGCCGCCUCUGACUACGUUAGAAGCCCGAAGGACGUGCCACCCACAGCACCGCAAGUGCUUUCUAGCUUCAUCAGAGCAAUCGAGCUUGUUCCCAACGAGAAGAAGAAAGACAGCAGAGAGAAACGCGAGCCCGUUCUGGAACCUCAUUACAAGCUGGUCAGCAUCGUCCACAAGCUCGUCAGCAGAGGUGAGCUCAGUCUGGAAGAGGCGAAGGAAGCUCUGUCGAACACGCCUUAUGCUCGUGGCGCCGACUUCCCAGCGACCAUGGAAGACUGGGUUCCGUACGUUCUCUCUGUCCUGCAGACGCUGCGCACCGCCGACAAGGCAAAUUGGCAGCACAGGAUGAUCGCCCGAGCUGCGCAGAUAAUCUACGAGUCUGAUCCUCGCGCUGACAGCCAAAGCAUGGUGGCGAUGGGUGCGAAACAUGAACUCACGAAGCAGAUGUUCACGAAGACCAUGGUGUUGCAAGUCUGGCGGCCAGACUUUGAACGAGCCGGCCGGCACUUUGUGUACACUGCACGGUACACUCGACUCUUUGUCCGCAUACUGGAGCAGCUCAAAGACCGAAGCAACCUUGAGAUGCUUGCCAGAAGGGUCCGCAGACGGCCGAACGAGAUCUUCGAACACAGCUUGGUCUGGCAAGAGAUCUGCUUCGCUUAUUUGCGAUUGCUGCGCGGCCACUCAGGGGUGCAGGAAGGCCUGGAGACGUCGACGUUCAGUAACAUUGCAUACGAAGACUUUCUGGCACGCAAGGAUUUGCUGGAGAAGUGGAUGUCGUCGCCGCCACCGUCAGGGACGUCACCUGCUCUGGACGCGCUGAGAGAAGUGCAAGAGCUCAAGAAGAUCAACCAGGGACUGAUUAAGCCGGGCCCGUUCGACGACCUUAUCGGAGACAGUUAUGCCUACCUUUUCAAUACCGUCGGCCGUCAGCUUUUGGACGAAGAGCAGCGUGUGAAGCGUGAGAGGGAAGCAAGUCGUCCACCACCGCCGGCAGCAAGCCCUCCACGACACCCGGCGAUGGGUCUCAACUACCUGAUGAAUGGUGAUGGUGCCGCGGAUACUCCUGCCAUGCCGAAAGUCACGCAGUCGACUCUUACCGCCCCACCGCAGACUGAGCAAGCUCCUGUACGCCGCAAGACAGGCGUCGGCCGAAGGGAGAUACGCAUGUGCGCCGAGGCGGCUAUGCAGAAGCCCACCGCAGCGUCGUCAGCCGCAUCUAGCAGUACCUCCAAGCUGCCCGCCACGUAUCCAAGGGUGCAGGUCGUGAUUGACUCAUCCGCUGCCCACACAGGUGACGCAUCGGCUGAGACCUCUGCUCCCGGGAGCAUACACGACAGCGCAGACGAUGAGAGCGAACUCAGCGAGCUCGAGGAGGAAGGCGAGGACGACGAUGAGGCGGGGGGUGCUCCUGUCAAGGACGAAGCCAAACCACGGAUGAUGUUCCCAGGCCUUGCUAGCAAUCUGGCUUCUCGCGAGGGAUCUGAAGGAUUUGAGAGCGCGGAGGGAGAAAGCGUGGAGAAGGAGACGAAUGGGGAUGAAGAUAGCGCGGCCACUGGCGUGCAGCAAGAGGAUACCAUGGAAGAUUAG